GAUUCUUUGUAAAUCUCAACCUCAGUCCUCUCUGCUGCAUGUGUGUGUGUCUUCCUCACAUCCAUUCUCCCUGUCGCGUGCUCCCCGUAGCCGACCCCGCCAGCCCAUCAUGGACGAUUCCGAGGCCGCCAGCAUCGCAAACGCCCUCGCCGCCGUGCAAGCCGCAGUUGCGAGCAACCCCGAGGCAGCAAUUCCUAAGAGCAUCAGCCUCAGCCUCGAGGGCAGCCACCAGGUUCCCCCGACGAAUUUCCUAUAUCCACAGCAUGCCGGUCAUCUCCAGCAGCUGCCAUCCCAGCCCACACUCGCUCCGAGCAACGCCGGCAGUCUCAAGAGGCCCAAGCCCGACGACGGCGACGACGACGACGACGACAAUGAGGGCUGGCAGAAGGUCGAGAGGAGAAGAUCCAAGAAGAAGCAGAAGAAGAUACCCAAGGCCGAUGGCGGCAACUACCCCUCCAUCACCUUCAACUACAACGCGAAGCUGCAGGCCAAGGUGUCCCUGGACCAGUUGCGCAGCCUAAUACUGUACAUCUUUACCGAGGGCACCGCUCCCCAAUGGGUCUCUAUUAGCAACAGGCCACAGUUCAGGAAGAUUGUCACAAUCAUGGUCCCCGGCUUGGAAGAAGCCAUGUUCAAACAGGGCGUCGACUUUUCCACCUACCAGCAACAGCCCAGGGACACGGAAAAGUCUCGCGUCAUGACAUCUCCCGACGAUUAUUAUCCACGCCUGCUGAAGAAGGACGAGUUGCCCGACAUACUUGAGCCUUUCGCCGACAUGUUCCCCCAUCUCUGGCCCAUCAAAACCCCUGGCAACGAGAGGUUCGGCCAAAUGCGCUCCCCGCUUCACACCAUGCUCACGGCACCUCAAGAGAGAUCUGGAGAAGAGAAGAAUAGAAAGGGCCAUGGUGUACAGCCUGCCAAGGAGCCUAGCGGCUGGAGGGAUCAGCGUACUAGGAUCACAGAAUAUCUCAUGAAGCCCGAGGAUUUUGUGCCCAAUGGCUACAAGCUGCACCCGGCACUCAUAGACAACGCGGAACGCCGUGCCGAGUUCAAGGAUGACGAGGGCUGGACUCAUACCAACGUCGACAAUAUAGCAGAUGGGGACGUGUCCGAGUCCGAAAUUCAGCAGGGCGCCAUAACAGCUGGUCGCGAAAUUCUCGCGCUAGACUGCGAAAUGUGUAUGACCGGAGAUGCAGAAUUCUCACUCACGAGGGUCAGCCUUCUGAGCUGGGACGGCACGGUGGUCUUGGAUGAGCUGGUGAAACCGGAUAAGCCCAUCACGGACUAUGUCACCCAGUUUUCAGGCAUCACCAAGGAGAUGCUCGCGCCGGUCACAACAACUCUCAGAGACAUACAGGCAAUGCUUGUGCGGAUCCUCCACCCACGCACUAUCCUGGUCGGUCACUCGCUGGACUCGGAUCUAAAAGCCCUGCAACUUACUCACCCUUUCAUUGUCGAUACCGCCUUGCUGUAUCCCCAUAAUCGAGGUCCACCCUUGAAGAACAGCCUGAAGUUCUUAUCACAGCGGUUCCUAAAGCGUGAGAUUCAAAAAGGCGCACAAGGCCAUAGCCCCAUUGAGGAUGCCAAGGCAUGUUUAGAUCUAGUAAAGCAGAAGUGUGAAAAGGGCAAGUCAUGGGGAAGUCAUGAGCAGCAAGGCGAGAAUAUGUUUCGCCGUCUCAAUCGCUUAGGUACUUCCUACCGCGCCAACGGCGGCGUGGAGGCACUAGGCGGCGCCGCGUUGGGCAAAUCAACCGUCAUGGUGGACUGGGGCGACCCGAUGAAGGGGGCAGGUGCGGCUGCAACUUGGCGAAUUGGGUGCAAGUCAGACGAAGAAGUUGUUGCGGGCAUCUUGCGGGCUGUGAAGGGAGACCCCGUGGCCGAAGAGAUACCCUACGGCGGUGCAGACUUUGUCUUUGCGCGCUUCAGAGAACUCGAGGCUCUGCAGGGUUGGUGGAAUAGAAACCGCGCCGGCCCAGAGUCUGACUUCCUCGCGCCCCCCGGGGUAGCAGACAUUACAGACUCGAACCCUGGCGAUCUAGCUGUGUCGCCUUUGCAGGCUUGUUUGCAGCUUCUUACUUCUCGCCUCAAGCACAUUUAUGAUACACUGCCGCCUUGCACUGCCCUGAUUGUCUUCAGUGGCAGUGGCGAUCCACGCGAGAUGAGCAGAUUGCAAGCACAGCAAGCCCAGUUCAAGCGCGAGUACAAUACUCCUGGAAGCAAAUGGGACGAGCUCAGCGUCAGGUGGACCGAUACUGAGGAUCAAGCCUUGAAGAAGGCUGUCGGUAUGGCACGAAAUGGCAUUGGCUUCAUUGGCGUCAAAUGAAAAGAAAAAAAUUAAUUUUAAAUUUCAGGGCGUCUUUGAAUGAUACCAGGGACAAAGACUUAGAUGCGUUGCUGCCCACAUGCUCUUCUUGACAUAUCCUACUAGGCUGGACAGUCCAGAGGAUACAAGUUGGGUUGGUGGAGAACCCGAGUCAUCUUGGCACAUUGGAAUAACGGGCAAAGAUAUCCUCCCGUCCAAUAAUUCUGAGCCUGAACAUCAGGACAAUGUGGUCAUCGGUGCUGCCUGCGCAAAUAUGUUAAAUUCAGUGUACAUUACGAGGCAUGAGUAACCUUGUCGGAUAUUAACAUGAAUUUAUCAUAAUACCCAGUUUUGCUGUCCUUCAAAAGU